UUCUAGGAGUGUGAUCCAUUCCAUCAGAAGAGAUCAGACUCUUCAGGACUCAGCUGUGUGUAAACUUUACUAAUAUAUAAAGAUGAAGACUCCUGAUCUGGACACAGAUAAUGUUUCUACACCAUCAAACAACUGUAAACUCCAGAGAAAGAGAUCAGAAUCACCAACACACAGCUGUAUCUCCAUGAAGAGUGAUGAGUCUAUGGAUCAUCCUCUGAAGUUUAAAGAUGGAGCAUCAUCACUUCUACACAGUGAUCUACAGAAGACAGGAAACAGAACAGAAAUGAAGAUCACAGAUACAGGGUACGACCCAGAAUCUGCUGGUGGAAAUGAAUUCCAGAAAAAGUUCAAAUUAAAUCUGAUGAAGAAGUUUCAGUGUUUGAAUGGAGUGAUAAUAAACCUGGGAACCCAAACACUCCUGAAUGAGAUCUACACAGAGCUCUACAUCACAGAGGGAGACAGUGGACAAGUCAAUAAUGAACAUGAGGUGAGACAGAUGGAGGCAGCAUCCAGGAGAAGAACAACAGAGGAAACACCAAUCAAAUGUAAUGACAUCUUUAAGCCUUUAUCUGAACAAGACAAACCCAUCAGAACUGUGCUGACAAAUACAUCAUCUAAACAAGACAAACCCAUCAGAACUGUGCUGACAAAGGGAGUCGCUGGCAUCGGAAAAACCGUCUGUGCAGAAGUUCAUUGUGGACUGGGCUGAAGGGAAAGUAAAUCA